AUGGAUACAGAGGCGCCGACCUCCCGCGGCCGAAGCCGGCUGGCGGCCCUGCUCUGGGUUUUGGUGCUGCCGGCAGGCAUGCGAGGGUCCUGGCCGGUAGCCCCCCGUGCUCCGGCCCUCGCUCCAGACGAGGCCCAGGCCCAGGCCGAGGAGCCGGUGCUGCCGGGGGGUGGAGCCGAGCGGUUGGCCCCUGGAGCAGUGUGCGGGAAGCCCAAGGCGUUGGGGAGAAUCUACGGUGGCCGGGACGUGUUGGCCGGCCAGUGGCCAUGGCAGGCCAGCCUGCGGUACCAGCGCACGCACGUCUGCGGAGCUGUCCUCAUUGACCCCCUCUGGCUGGUUUCCGCUGCCCACUGCUUUCUCAACAAAUCCCACGUGCCAGCAGACUACCGGGUUCUGCUGGGGAGCACGCAGCUGUAUCAGCACACCCCGCACACGCGGGAGGUGUCCCUGGGCCGGAUUAUCGUGCACCCAGACUUCGAGAAGCAUCACCCCUUCGGGAGUGAUAUAGUCAUGCUACAGCUGCGCCUGCCUGUGAAGCUCACCGCCUACAUCGCCCCCGCCUGCCUCCCAAGCCCGGGCCUGCAGCUGUCCAGCAACUUGUCCUGCUGGAUCACCGGCUGGGGCAUGCUCAGCGAGGACAGUGGGGGUGUGGGAGAUGCGGGCGGGUGAGGGCUGCAGGGGAGAAGGGAGGCGUGGCUGGGCCUGAGGGGCCCCAGGAAAGUGGCCAUGGGACCUUGGGCCUCUGGGCCUCAUUUC